UCAUGAAGAACUCCAACAUGAAGGAACAAGCAAACAGGGACUCGUUUUCAUCAGAGGAAGAUGAGCCAGUCCAACUUCCUGCCUUGGAUAAUGAAGCCUUGACUGAGAGAUUUCGACUCACUGUAGUUGGCCGUGUUUUCCACACUAAUGGGCGGAGUAUGGAAGCUUUUCUGGCGUUUAUGCCAAAAGCUUUUAGAGGUAUCGGAAGAGCUCUUGGCCGAGUCUCGGAGGUGGACGUUUCGGAGGCUAGGGUGCUAGUUGCAGUAAACGUAACAAAACCUCUGAAAUUCAAAAAGAGAGUGGUGACUGAUAAUGGCAAGGAAGUGACUGUCUCUCUGAUCUAUGAGAAGCUAUAUCGAUUUUGCUUUGCCUGUAACAUGAUUUCUCAUGAGGAACGGGACUGUCCCCACCUUACAGAGAACCAAAAGCAACAAAACAAGGAAAGAAGAGCUGCAGCCUUACCUCUUGGAGGACGCAGAACAGAGGAAGCAGGAGCUCUAGUGGGUCGGCGAGAAAGAGACCAGAGAGGAGGCCAGAGAAGCCGUGAAGAUAGACGCAACGAUGUCAGGGAUGAUGGGCAUCGCUCUGGCGUAGAUCUAUCCCGCAGUGAGACUUACCACUCUGUUCAAAAUGACUUUCCACCGGCGUCUAGGCAGGUGAGAAGAAACUUGUACUCCUCCAAAGAAAUUCCCAGACAGGAAGGCCACCGGAAUCCUGUUUGGCAGCGCAUUGGAUUAGACACCACAAGAUCUCACUCCCGUAGCAGGGAGACGUCUAUCCAUUCUUCUUCGGGCUCGAGGAAGAAAUUUGAUGAAAUUGUGGCUAAUCGAAGUGGAAAACGCCGGGAAUCUGAUGGGCGCAGAGCUCCUUCAAGACGAAGAGAGUCUCCUCUUCGAAUACGGUCACCUGGUAGAGAGGAGCCAAGCCUGGAAAAUUGGAGAAGUUCCCGUCGCCCUCCCCGACACCAGUCUAAUCGAACAACAGCGGACGGUGCUGCUUUGUCAGUCAAGGACAAAGGAAAAGGGAAGGUGGUCGUGGCUGAGGAUGACCAGAGAGAUGGCGCGGAAGAUAAUGAGAAUGACGAUCUAAACCUGAUUCCAGCAGAUUUUGAAUUUGGAUCCGGCUCCGGGAAGGACAGACCAGAUGAGGUGAAUGCUAAGCUCCCUCCACUCCCGUCAUUGGACCAGAAUAAGAUGGCAACUCCCGAUACCAAUACUCCGGUGGAAAAGGAUCCAGUCGCAGACGCGAUGGAAGGUGAGGAAUAUGCAGCGGAGGAAGAAAAUGGCCUAUCAGACUGGGCGGAGGAGGAAGAAGGAGCUGCGAGGGAGUCGGAUGUAAUCCAGUGCACCCAAGUUGGGGAAUCAAUUCCCUCUGAUUGGGAGAACCUUGCGGAUGAGGAUAUGGAACCUGAUCGGGAACUCACUGACGAGGAUUUUAGGCUUAUGCAGGAACUUGAAAACGAGAUGAUUCUCGAUGGGUUGUUGGAGAAUGAUGAUUUACUUGGGGAGGAGAUGCAGGAUGCUGAGCAAGAAGGGAUUGUAGAUGAUGAUGAGGAGAGAACGAUUUCAGAGCAGGUGAUCCCCAUCUCUCAUUCGGCGGAAGAGGUGCCGGCAACGUCGCAGUCUCCAACAAGUAAAAGGAUUAGGAGAUCAAGUAGGCUUGGUGGGCCAAAGACUGAUGGGGCAGGCCCAUUAUCUCAAUUUGGGCAAGUGGGGGAAAAAGAGCCUUCUAAGCAUGAGCCCAAGAAGACCAUUCCACGCAGCCCCUCAAAGUGCAUUGCCGCCUCUAGGAAGCUCAAGCCUUACCAAGCCAAAACAUCGCCUAAGAAGAGGCCAACACCGGCAGCAAAUGGUAUUCCAAGCAAGGGUGACAACAUCCCUCAAUCUGAGGUGGCUACAUACGUGAAGAACAAAGGGAAGAGACAUGAGAAGAAGGCUUUGAAGCCUAACAAAGGUGUGGAGGAGUCCCGGAUCUCCCCCGAGCCACCCGCAUGAGGACUGUAGCAUGGAAUUGCC